AUGGCUCUUGCCGUUGGCAUCUUCGAGGCCAUUGAUGGUCCCAGUGGCGAUCUGGAACCUCAAUGGAGCGUCAAUAUUACUGGAUCCGAUACCUCGCUGCCGUUCCAACCCGACUCCAUCCUACGAUCCUUCCAAGACUCCCCAGCCGUCAGUCUGCAACAACUCUCACCCGCCGAAGCUAUCGUCAGCAUUUCCGGCGUCAGCAACCACAUUCGCAUCAGCCAGCCUGGAAGUGGUCUGAAGCCCGUGUCGCCCAGCCAGUUCUCGGUCCAGUCCGACUGGGCGUGGAAUCUUGCGCAGAAUACCAAGGCCUCUGAGUCCGAUCAGUGUAGGAAGCGGGAGCGUAAGUGGAAGCUCGGCGUGGGCAUCGGCGUUGGCGUCGGCGGCGCCAUGUCGAUCGCUGCUGCUGCCUUUUUCGCUUUGCGACCGAAGAACGCAGUAGCGGCCCCCACGAAGUCUCCAUAG